CCAGCUUCCGGAUGCGUCUACACCCUACCAAUUUCUCCAUGGCUGAUGUGAUCUAUCUCCAUUUCUCCGCUUCUUCGUCUCCGUUCACUGUCGCAGAUCUCCCGUGAAACGCUCGUAACGAUAAUUGGCAGACACCAUGAAUAAUUUCAGGAGGGCGAAGCCCUCACUCGCUUCUGCCCUCCGCGCUCGCUUCGCCUCCAAGACCCCAAACACCACCCGAUCCAAAGCCCCCGAUCCUGAGCACGUCUCUUCCUUUCCCCGUUACCUCUCGGCACCGUCGUCCUUCUCCUCCUCUGCCUUCGCUCCCUUAUUCUUCGUUCGGGCGAAGCCCCUCUUAUCCCCUUCCUCGGCCUCCACCGCUGCCGCCGUCGUCGUCCCCAGGCGGUCCUACUACUACGCCGCCCGCCCCGAGGUUCUGCACUUCCGCCGAAAGCCACGGUGGUACCAGAACCCGCGCGCCGCCCUCAUCGUCGUCGUGGUUGGCGGCACUGCCGCUGUUACUAUCUACUACGGCAACCUCGAGACAGUUCCUUACACCAAGCGCCGCCACUUCGUCCUCGUCUCCCCCGCCGUCGAGCGCCAGCUCGGUGAGUCGCAGUUCGAGCAGCUUAAGGCUGCCCUCCGCGGCAAGAUCCUCCCUGCCCUCCACCCCGACAGCAUCCGCGUUCGCCUCAUCUCCAAGGAGAUCAUCCAGGCUCUCCAACGCGGGCUGCGCCACGACGACCGGCGGUGGAGCGACCUCGAGUACGCGUCAGAAAGCCCCCGGGGGGAGUUUGACACGCCUGAGAGGGGGCGGGACACGAUUUGGGCGCUGAGCGGGAAGGAAGAGGGUAAGUGGAGCCGCGAGGAUGAGGUUCUUGAUGAUCGGUGGGUCCACCAGAGCAGGAGGGAGGGCGAGGCUAGGAAGUCCCAACCUGUGACCAAGCACCUGGAGGGGCUGAAUUGGGAGAUUCUGGUGGUCAGGGACGACACCGUCAAUGCGUUUUGCCUUCCGGGCGGCAAGAUCGUUGUGUUCACUGGCUUACUCGAUCAGUUCAGGAGUGAUGCAGAGAUCGCUACAGUCAUUGGCCAUGAGGUUGCCCAUGCCAUUGCUCGGCAUUCUGCAGAAAUGAUCACGAAGAAUUUGUGGUUUGCCAUAUUGCAGUUGAUUCUUCUCCAGUUCUUCGCCAUGCCCGACCUUGUAAAUGCAAUGUCAAAUCUUCUUCUGAGAUUACCUUUCUCACGAAGGAUGGAGAUGGAGGCGGAUUAUAUCGGACUGUUGCUGCUUGCUUCAGCUGGAUAUGAUCCCCGUGUGGCCCCAAGGGUGUAUGAGAAACUGGGGCAGAUCACCGGAGACUCAGCAUUGAGAGAUUAUCUCUCCACUCAUCCAUCCAGCAAGAAAAGGGCAAAGUUGCUGACACAAGCUCAAGUGAUGGAUGAAGCACUUGAAAUAUACAGAGAUUCCAUGGCUGGUCGUGGUAUCGAAGGCUUCCUGUAGCACUUCUCUCUUCUCCCCUAUGGACUCCAUACACAAUAAACCAUCCAGUCCGACUCUUUUUGUUUUUGAUAAAAACACAGUUCAAAUCCGCCAGUGGUCACAGGUUCUCAGAGUCGGCAGUAUAACUCGCGCCAAGAAGACCAGUGACCAAGAAAUGUAGUCUGCAUUAAUAGGGAUAAUAGGUGCAGCAGAAGGGAGUGAAGGAAUCAGAACAAGAGGAUUUCUAUUUUUUGGGGCAAGAUAGGAAACUGUAGUUAUUCUCCUGUUACUAAACAAACCCUACUGAAUCUGCAAAAAAUCUUCGUCGCAUGUCGUCCGGGGCUACACUUUGGGAGGCAUAUGAUAUCGGUGUGCUUGUUCUGGGUUGAGGACCCAGUUGACUCUCACAACCCGACUUAAAUGCUUUGAUGUUAACAUUGUGAUAUAUUGUGUUUUCAUUUGCAUGUUAUGGAAAAUUAUUUUCAACU